CCCGUCCCUUCCCCUACAGUCUGGUCUGCAAUGGCGUUCGUGUCCCGUCAUUAUAGAGGCUAGCUUUUUGUCUCAAACAAGCUAGCGCUUAAACCCCGUAAUACGUCUUAAAUUUUUUUUUUUAAGAUUCGGGCGUAACAACUAAGGUAAAGCUAAGAUGAAUAUCAUCUCCACGACGCGGUCUAAACAGGCCUCCUUCGCAGCCGGAGCCAUAGGGAGCUGUUUUAAGUAUCUUCCGCAAAAUGGGGUCGUCGAGGCGCCCAUGCACUACGGCUCUGGGAACACUUCCUCGCAGAUGCAGCUGGUCUCGUCCACGGCUUCCCUCGUUAACUUAAACGGCGGCUCGCCGGCUCGGCCCAAAGUGCUGGGAGUGACGGCGCCCAGUAACAUGGCCAAAACCGUGCUGGGCGAUACGGGCGAAGACGGCGGCGGCUCGCUGCCGUGCACCCCGGAGCUGCAGUCGUACAGCGAGGUCGACGUGUCCGUUUGCCCGGCGGGGGACGAGGCGUUGGAGAACGACACAAGGCAACUGCUGGACACUUUUUUCAGAGGAUUUACGGGACUUUCUCACCCGCGGUGGACGCGGGACAAGGCUCUGUCGACAAUGAAAAGGGUUGUGGAGGACGUUCUCGAUAAGCACCGAUACGCAUACAAUGGUAUGAUCAACAAACUCGGGCUGGAUGACCGAGGGGACGACAUGAGCGUCGUCUCCUCAGUAGCGGAGAGCCUAUUCAGCGACGGGACCACCAACUGGGGCCGCAUCGCCAGUUUAGUGGCCUUCGGGGCAGUUGUGUGUCAGCACCUGAAAGAAAGGGGCAUGGACCACUGCGUUCAGCUGGUGGGCCAAGAGAUCUCUUCGUAUCUGCUCACUGACCAACGGGACUGGCUAGUCAAAGCCAACUCAUGGAAUGGCUUCGUGGACUUCUUUCAGGUGGCAGACCCGGAGUCUUCAGUGAGGAACACGCUCAUGGCCUUUGCAGGAUUUGCUGGUAUUGGGGCAACUCUCGCCCUGUUGAUCAGGUGAACCUUUUGGACUCAGAGACUUGUCUGUAUUUUGUCAAAUCAAGGACAGCGGAUUUUUUUUCUCUCCCCUCCGAAUAAGAUCUCAGCUUGCGCUUUAUUUUGAGAUCUGAUGGCUGGAAGAUAAUGGGUUAUUCUCCAUAGCUUUUAUUUAAUGUAAAACUAUAUUUUUCUAAAUAAAGCAAACUAAAAUGGUUAUGUACCACACA